AAACCCGACCCGCCUGUGAAUCUUCUGCAACUCGCAGGUUCUUGUUCUUCGUGAGAUCUUCGCUUUGGCAAUUCGGUCUCCCGUCGUCGCUCGCUUCCCGCGAACCGUCGUCCCUCAUCGCCAUUUGAAUCCGGCGGCCUCGAGUUUGUGGCAGCGAUUCCUCCGACCGUCGAGCCCGGGAUCUCUCGACUUCGCGUCGCGACGUUUUGCCGUCGCCGCGCCGGCGGAGAUCGUGGCUCCUGAGCCGAAUUGGAACCGACCGGAAAAUUCAACAGAGGUAGCUUGAGAGGCUGAGAAUGGAGCUGUACCGUGUCUUUUAGUUUAUGAUUUUGAGACUUGAGAGACACAUUGUCUUUUGGGCAAGGCAAAAAUCAGAGCUUCCGGAGUGAGCUACAAGGAAAAAGAGAACGAUGAUUAAGGCAGUGAUGGUUAUGAACACCCAGGGCAAGCCUCGCCUUGCCAAAUUCUAUGAUUACCAGCCCGUGGAGAAGCAGCAGGAGCUCAUUCGCAGUGUCUUUGCAGCUUUGAGCGGUAGAGCUGAAAAUGUGAGCAAUUUUGUGGAGGCUGAUGCAAUUUUUGGUUUGGACAGUCGUCUAGUGUACAAGCACUAUGCCACACUAUACUUUGUCUUCGUGUUUGAUAGCUCAGAAAAUGAGCUUGCGAUGCUUGACCUGAUACAAGUUUUUGUGGAGACACUGGACAAAUGCUUCAAAAAUGUAUGCGAGCUUGAUAUAGUGUUCAACUAUGGCAAGAUGCAAACUAUUCUAGAUGAGAUCGUUUUUGGUGGCCAGGUCCUUGAGACAAGUUCUGCAGAGGUAAUGAAGGUUGCCGAAGAAAUAUCAAGGCUGGAAGCUGCCUCAAAUGCUAUCACACUUGUUCCCAAAACUGUUUCGAGUUGGCGGGGCCGGUAACACGUUAUCUUCCAGAUUGUGAAGUAGUUAAAAUUAAUGCUAACUCCACUUUUCCCUCUUCCUGCGAGUCGGUUAGAGCGUAACUCUAACUCCAAAAACAGAUCCUGGAGGGACUCCAUGGACAUCACAUGUUUAAUGGAACAGUUUGUUUAUUCUUUUCUCCUUAUUGUUCUUUUGGAUUUCCACAUCUUUGUUCAUUCCAGUUGUAAUGAAAGUCAGAGACCCAUGUGUAUCUAUGGUUUACUGUCAUUUGUGGGCUUUUCGAUAUGGGAUGGGAAAAUGACAGAAAUAGUCAUUGUACUUU